CUCCUCCUGAGGGAGAGCUGCUGAGGGAGGCCAAGCAGGAGAUGACUCCAACCGGCUCUGGACGCUUCAAACGGACGUAAAGGGGACCAAGGAUCUAUCUGUAGGCCUAUUUACAGAGUACCUGCCUGGACAACACUGUGUUCACCUCUGAAGAUUCACCAUAGAAUGAGGAUUUGUCUCUUACCUUUCCUCUUUCCUGCCUUCUGAAGCACAUCAUUCAACAUGGGAGAAGUUCAAAAGGGGUUCUUUUCGGUCCUACAGAAAUUAAAGGGAACCACAGAACAGGAACUUCGGAUAGUCCUCCUGGGUCUAGACAACGCUGGCAAGACAACACUGCUAAAACAGCUAUCAUCCGAGGAUGUCAACACCAUUACUCCCACACAGGGCUUCAACAUUAAGAGUCUCACAUCUCACGGAAUGAAACUGAAUGUGUGGGACAUCGGAGGACAGAGGAAGAUCCGGCCCUUCUGGAAGAAAUAUCUGGAAAACACAGAUUUGUUGAUAUAUGUCAUAGACAGUACAGACAAGAAGCGGUUUGAAGAAACAGGACUGGAGCUAUCAGAGCUGAUUGAUGAGGAGAACCUGAAGGGGGUUCCGGUGCUCAUCUUUGCCAACAAGCAGGACCUGGCCACGGCCUCGCCCGCCAGCGAGAUCGCAGAGGGCCUGAACCUGCACACAUACCGCGACCGGGCGUGGCAGAUCCAGGCCUGCUCAGCUGUCUCUGGAGAGGGUGUACAGGACGGCAUGAACUGGAUUUCCAACAACAUUGUGAAUAAGAAGAAAGAUGACUAGCCCCUGAAUAUCCAACUUUUAAACACACUUUUGAAUUUCUCACGACACCUCUGUACAUACAGUACCAUUCAAAAGUUUGGACACACCUACUCAUUCAAGGAUUUUUCUUUAUUUUUACUAUU